UGCCUUCACCGGCUGGCCGGUUCAUUUCUUUGACGCUUCCAGUAUCUUUAGCCAUGGCGUCCCCCUCACCGGUCGAGGCACGUCUCGGUCCCUCGCCGGAGAAUCCAGCGACUGCGGCCGUCUCCUCCGUGAAGUCGGAGAUUCCGGCAGAAUCUUCAACUCCCGCCACUUCCCGCCUAACGGAACCAUCUCCUCCUGCCACCGACGUCGUCGUUGUUGUUCCUAGCUAUUCCAGGUGGUUUUCAUGGGACAGGAUCCAUGAAUGCGAGCGUCGUUUCCUCCCUGAAUUUUUCGAUGCCAAGUCACCUUCAAAGAAUCCAAGGGUUUAUAAGUAUUAUCGGGAUUCAAUUAUCAGAAAAUCAAGAGAAAACCCUUUGAGGAAGAUCAUGUUUACGGAGGCUCGGAAGUCGCUGGUCGGAGACGUGGGUUCAAUUCGUAGGGUUUUUGAUUUUUUGGAAGGUUGGGGUUUGAUUAAUUAUACUGGGACAACAUUGAAGCCUCAUGUUAAGUGGGAAGAGAGGGAUAGUAAGUCUGGCGGUUUGUUCUCAUCCAAUAGUGAUUCUGCUGGGAGUCCAUUUCAAUCGUCAUUGUCAAAGAGGGAGAGUUCGAAGAAACUGUGCAGCGGUUGCAAGUCGGUUUGUAGCAUUGCCUGCUUUGCUUGUGACAAGUUUGAUUUGACUCUAUGUGCAAGAUGCUAUGUUCGUGGUAACUAUCAAGUUGGUGUGAGUUCUUCAGACUUCAGGCGAGUUGAGAUUAGUGAAGAAACUAAAACAGAGUGGACGGACAAAGAUACUCUACGCCUUCUAGAAGCCCUUAUGCAUUAUGGUGAUGACUGGAAAAGGGUUGCAGAACAUGUUGGUGGAAGAAGUGAGAAAGAAUGUGUUGCUCGUUUUGUCAAGCUUCCAUUUGGGGAGGAAUUUAUUGGGCAUCCUGAUGUUGCAGAGGCUGACAAGCAUUUUGAAAUGAAGGAUCAGAGUGGUGCAGAAAGUGGAUCAGAGAAUAUUGUUGCAUCACUCCCAACAAAGAAAAGGUGUCUAACACCACUUGCUGAUGCAAGCAACCCGAUUAUGGCUCAGGCUGCAUUUUUGUCUGCUAUGGUGGGUUCAGAGGUUGCAGAAGCUGCAGCUCAAGCAGCUGUGGCAGCUCUUUCAGAGGAAUAUCCUAACAAUUUUCAAACCGGGGCUAAGCAAAGUGUGUUAUCUCUUUCUGAUGAGUCCAAACAGCAAGAAACGGUAUCCAAUGCUGCAAAAUGUGACACCAUUACAGAUGCAACAGGAGUCAUUCUAGAAGCGCAGGCCUUGCUUGAUAAGGAAGAACAGGAUAUCAAGAGAUCCAUCUCGGGCAUUGUAGAAGUCCAGAUGAAGGAGAUUCAAGAUAAGAUAGUGCAUUUUGAGGAAGUGGAAUUGCAAAUGGAGAAAGAAUGGAAGCAAUUGCAGCUCAUGAAGGACCUACUCUUUGUUGAUCAGCUGGCCUUUUUACGUGAAAAAUCUACUUCAUCCAAGAUUAUAGAAGGCCUAGACAAAGAACAUGUCAAAUCUACAGAUGCUGUUACAUCCGGGAACAUCUAUCCAGGGUUACGGACCUAGCCAAUGUUAUUUUCGCUCUCCAAGUGGCCGCUUUUGUUUUUUUUUUUGUUAAUGAGUGGCCGCUUUCAAGAGUCGAAACCACAAUUUCAUGCUUCCCAUUGUUCUGAGUUUGUACCAUAACACCAGGCAAUCGCCCCCAAUAUUACAUGACUGCAAGUCUUCUGUCUUUUUA